AUGCCUCAUUUAAAAUUGAGGCGUUCACGGGUUUUGGCUACAGACCCGGUCCAUCCUGGCUGCGCACUCCUCAGCAAAAGGAAAAGUUCGAUGGGAAAAGGCCUCUAUCAACUUCCCGGCGGGCACCUGAGUUUUGGGGAGACGUGGGAGGAGUGCACUCGUAGGGAGGUGUUAGAGGAAGCCAGCCUGCAUUUAGUGAACGUCCGCUUCGCAUUUGUGGUGAAUUCCAACCGAUUUGAGGAGCAAUAUCACGAUGUGGACAUAAUCAUGCAGAGAGUAGUAGACAGAAAGCGAUCCGCUAAGCCACAGAACUUCGAACCCGAGCACAAUGAGGGCUGGGCUUGGACACGGUGGGACCAGUUGCCUCCUGAGGAGCAGCUCUUUUUCCCACGGGUUCAUCUGAGAGAACAAGGCUACCAGCCCUUCACCGGCACAGGAACUUUCACAUAAUUGUCUUUUCCUCUUUAAUCAAACUAGAAAGCAAAAAUGUGCAACAUCCAUCCAUUUUCAGUAGCGCCUGUCCUGGUCACGAGCGAGCUGGAACCGGACACCCCCUUUCUAUUUAAAAGUAAACUCAAAAACCCCUGCACUUUACAAAGUAUGUGUAUUAAUCUACAUUGUCUGUUGUCACCACUGGGAUUUGUACAUUUAUCACGUGUGAUGUGUGCUGCUGACCUCUUGGCCAGGUCACCCUUGCCAAAGGCAUCCUGAUCUCAACGGGUUUUUAUCUGGUUAAAUAAAGGUUAAUAAUAACCCACCUUUUUGCUAACGCGUAUAGUUUGAACUGAC